UUCUAAUGUCUUUGAAGCACGCUCAAAAGUUUAUACAAUGGAUCCAGAUAGUCAGCAUUUCCAUAGAACACGACGAUACGUGAGAGUGUUAGACAGAAACAGAACGACAAGCGCCGCGACGAGUUUCUAGUUUAUUCUGACUUCUAUUAUAUUCCAUCUCCUUUAGUCCAUGCUCGGAAUUUUUAAUAAAGUAUGUUUUGUUUUUGAAAGCCAGUUUUAUUGCAUCCAUACGAACGAACAAGCGAUAACAUCGUCAUCCAUUCAUUCAGUGCAGUAAGUAUCCAACAAACAUAUGACAAUAAUUUACAAGUAACAUGUUUUACCAUGGGUUCGUUUUUUUAUUCAGUCUUUUAACGCGUUAAUUUUGAUCUCGCACUCGCAGUAACACUCAUUGACGUCUCGUGUUGUUGAUAAUUGUUUAUCGUCUUAAAGGUAGUAGCUAUUUAUGUAGAUAUCUAUUGAAUAAAAAUAAUUGGGUUAAAUGUACACACUGGGCACCCUUUCACGAAUUUCACAAUUUUUUUUUUUUCAUUUCAUGUGUCUUUUGAUGUUGAAGAAAUUAGUACAAAAAUAAUUUUUUGGAAAAUAUUUUUGAGUAGGUACCUAGAUUUAGCUAUUUAAAGUUGGCAGUUCUAUAGUAAAUAGUACGAUAAACAAUGGUACUCUCAGUCUUGUGUAUUGGUGGUUAAGUGUAUACUUGAUGCACUAAUUUCCUUACACCAGUAUCGUGUUUCGUCAGGUUGUAAGUUUAUAUUACAUUGAUCGAAUAGUAUCUAUUGCGUAGUGGCACAAAGCUACCAAGCAAAGCUGGCAGGCGGAGCUAGUCAUCACACCUCUACCUGUAUUGUUUACUAAACAACUGACCACAUCAAAUUGCUAUAGUUUUUAAAAUAAUAGUUUUAGAAAAGUUAUUUUUGUACCAUUAUGAAACAACAAAUUGACUGAAAAGAAAUUUGAAAUUCCCAAUGAGGCGGGUAAAGUUUUUUGUUCCAUAUCCGUUUUGUUUUUACUUCUGUUUUAGUCAAUCUUGUAGAUAGAUAAUUACUUCAGUAUUAUUUUUAUGCACAUAAAUUAUUUGUGUACUAAAUAUUGUUAGGUUUGCAAUGUAUUGUUAAUAUUAUUUUUCUUUUAGGUACGUUUCGACUCGUAUAUAGGUACAUAUGUACAAAAUUAAACCUAAUAUGUAUUUCUUUAUUAAAUAAGAGUGGAUGAAAAAAUCCCCUAAUACUACUAAUUAUAAAAGUUAAUUUUUAAACUUAAAUUUGAUAUGUAUUAAAAUUAAUUAUAGAAUACAAAAUAAAUAGCUGUGUAUAUAUUGUAUUAAUACAUAAUAAUUAUCAUUUUCUUGAACCUAUUGAAAUAUAAUGGCACGGAAUAUCUAAUUCAAUUCUCAGUUAUAAUCUGACUACUUUUAAAUUUAUUUAUAGUUUUCACUAAAGUAUAUCAUAUUUAAUAAUGGUGCUAUGGGCGCCAAAGCUAAAUCAUAUCUGUUUACGUGAGAUUAAAAUGGAUCUUAGCCAUAAAAAGGUUGUUUAUUAUUUUUGAUUUUCAUUGAUGAUCUAUCACCUAUUCUUGAUGCUUUUUUUAGUAUUUUGUUGUUCACUACUGACUAAAUAUUUGGAGCAAAAAUAACUUAAGGGAUUUGGGACAAAUGUGAAAGCUCAAAAUUUAUAUCUCAUGCAAUUUAUAUCACCACUGGUUAAGUGUUAACGAGAAACAAAAUUCCUAUUAUUUUUUUUAAAUAAUAAUUUUAAGUUUUUAAAUUUGAACUAAUUAUUUAUUUUUUAUUGUUUAGAAAUAACCAUUCCUUAAAAAGUAUAUAAUAUGCAAGUUUUCUAUAAACAUAGAUUAUAAAACUAAUCAUUAAAUUACAUUAUUAAUACCACAACAUAAUUAAAAUAGAGACCUACCACAGGGCCACCUAGUACCUAUGAUGAAUUAUGAAUAUUAAAUGUCAAAUUUACUUAAUCACAUAUGACUUAUUAUAAUUAUUACUUGUACGCAUGUGCAAUAGAUAUCAAUCCCUUGGCGACUCCUAGACUCAAUAACAAUGUCUUCAAUGUAUUUAUGAUGAAUAGCUCUAUCCACAAUAUAUGAUCUAAGGCAGGGGUGGCAAACCUUUUUAACACUACGUAUUAAAAAUUAGCUUUUUUAUUUCGAGCGUGCCAAAAAAAUUAUUAUAAUUUGAUUAUAUAAUUAAUGUAUAAGUAUAAAAAGGUUAGUUUAGGUACAUUACAUACAAUUAAAUUAAUAUUACUUUGUUAAUUAUUUAUUUUGAUGUGAUUUUUGUUGUUGAACACUUAAUGCCAAUUUUUUGAUAAUUGGUUUAUAAUUAGUAACUUUUAAUAAAGUACAUGCGGCACUGCAUUCAUCUGUUAGUCGGUUUCUUAAAUCUGAUUUUAUAAAAUUAAUUUCUGAAAAUAGUGACUCGCAUGUAUAAAUUGAAGAAAAAAUAGACAAAACAGCUAAUGUUACUAUUUUUAAAGUGGAAUAAUACUUUGGAAUUUCAUCCUAAACUUUCAAAAUCUUGUUCCCUAUGUUUACAAUCAAUUUAUCUAACGCCCUAUCACACUGAAUUUCUUCUAAUUAGUUUCUCAGUAUAACAAAUUUUUCUUUCCAUGUGGUACUCGACUGAAAAUCUACAAGCUGCAUUUCAAAAUCAUCUAAAUUCAACAUUUCUAAAUUCAACCAUUCAAACACUUUUAAGUUGAGUUUUUCUAAUGACAAUGUAUUUGGAUAAAUAAUAAUUUCAAUGGUUUAUUUAAAUUCUUUAAACUGAGUAAAGUGUGUAGAUAAUUAUUAUAAUAAAAAUAUUUACAUUUUUUGCGUGCUCUCAAAAUCUUUUCGCGUGCCACGCGAUGGGUGCCCCGCACGGGUGCCCCGCACGGGUGCCAUCGAUUUACCAUCCCUGAUCUAAGACUAUGUUAAUAUAAUUGAUAUUAAUUGGUUUGAGGAUUAUCUAAUCACAAAUCACUAUAUACUGUCAAAUAAUAUUAUGUACUUAAUAAUUUUAUAAUUUUAAACUUUAUAUUUUAGUUUAGUUCCAAGUUCCAUAUAUUGAGUAAUAAAGUUGUGUAUACUACAAUUACUAGUAUGUAGAUGUAGAUUGCAUGUAGAUCACGUGACUACCAAUACUAUUACCUAUAAUUCUAAUAUUGUACAUGUCAAUAAAUAAAUCGUAUUUGAAAUGUAUGAAUCUAUGACUGAAAUUAAUAUUUAUGUUUUUAAAUGCUUAUUUAAUAAAAUUAUUCAAUAUUAUUGCUUAAUUGUGUAUUUACAGUACAAUAACAAAAUGUACCUAUCUAUCAAAAAUUGUAAUAAUUUUAAUUUGUGUACAUUUGUAGACACCUUUUGCCACUUGAUUUUUAACCACACAAUAGUUAAAGACUUAGGAAUUUUCUCUAAAAAUGAUUCAGCUUUAAAAUUAACUACAAAAUGAUAUUGAAUAAUUUUUUUAAAAUUAUUAGUUUUGUUAAUAAAAAUAAAAAUAAAAUUUAAAAAUCCUUUCUGUAUAAAAAAUCUAUACUGUUUCCUUAUAAAAUUGAAUCUUGAAUUUGCUUGUCAUAUCUGACAUUUUAAUUACAGUACUUAUAUUUUUAUUAUUGACAUGUUUAGUAUUAUUUAUUAAAAAGAGUAUCUUUCAUAUAUAUGAUUCCUAUAUCCAUAGACUUAAAAAAAACUUGUUCAAGAUUAUAUAUAACUUGGUAAUCUCGCUUUAAGACAAAAUUGAACAGAUAUAUGAAUUUUUGAUAUUUUUAUGAUUUCCAACAAUCUCAAUUUUUUUUGUACUAAGCCUCAAGAUAAAUAUAUAGACAAUUCAUAACUAUACUUAAAAUACAGUAAUUAUGAUUUUUAGUUAUAAAAUGUGAGUACUUUUAUUGUUAAAUUUAAUGAAUUAUAUAUAUAUAUAUAUUUUAUUUAUAUUUUUUUUUGAAAAAUACAAUGAAGGACUAACCGAUAAAAAGCAAAAGGAUAUUGCUAAUGAACUAGGGAUACCUCCUUCCACUUUAAGAAUUUUGUUGAAAAUUAUACAUGACAUGCGGUUUGAUAGGUCAGAGCAAACAAAUAUGUAACAUAUGAAUAUAGUAUAAAAAUAUGUAUGUAUAAAUGUAUUUCUUUUUAAUAAAAUUGAGUAGAAAAAUAUAUAAUAUGUAAUUAUAACUAAUUGAUAAAUAUAUUAUCUGCUUAAUUAUGUUCAAUAAUAAAAAAAUUAAUUCAAUAUUUCUAUAAUUUCAUUUUUUUUCAAUUUCUGUAUAACAGGCUUUCCCACUUAAGAUGGUCCCUUUAAAAGUGUCUUAAGCGAGUUUUAUUGUAUCAGAUUUAAUUUGGAAAUGGGAAAUUCUAUAAUUUCAAGUCUUUUAAACCAUUGUGUCUUAUUUGUAAAAUAGGGGCAAAUUAUCCAACAAAUGAAUUGAUGUUAAGUGGGUGUCAAGUUUAAAUUGUCUUUUUUUUCUUCAAAUAAUUGCAUGCUUACUACCUAUUAAUUUUAUGAAUAAGUAAUUUUUAUUUAUAAUAAUUAAUAAACUUACUCAUAUAAUAUUAUUAAAUUGAAUAAUAAAUAGUUAAAUAUAAUAAAAAAACAAAAAAUACAGAAUAAGUUAAAAGACUGGUUUGUUAUACAAAUCACAGCAACUCCAAGCCAUUGGAAAAGAAAUUUAUAAAAAAAAAGAUAACAAAUACAUUUAGUAGUAAGUAAGCAAUUUCUUCUAAACAAUUUGAUUGUGAUUCACUUAGAUUCUUGUUUUAGCUGACUUAGUUCUUUUUUCAUAUUUGUGUUUUUGUGAAGGAUAUAAAUUAAAUAAUAUUUAAUUAAUAAUAAUAUAGUUUUAGAAUAGAAUAAAAUACAAAACAUAUUCUUAUAAAUAAUAUCUUCAAGAUAAAAUGAAUAUGAUUAGUUUUUUAAUUUAUUAUUUUACAACUUGUAUUUAGUAGUUAAUGGUAUUAAACAUUUAUUAGUUUUCCAAUUGUCAUAACUACAUAUGAAUAGUAAAAUAAUAAGUGUAGUGUACACUAGUUCAAUACAUUUUAUUAAAUGAAAUAUUAUUAAUCCUAUAAAAAUGAAUUUAUGUAAACUAUGUUUUUCUAUGUAAUAUUCAUGACUAUUAAUUAAAAAUAAAAAAUAAAUAUUUUUCAAAUAUAUUGUAAUAUUUUAAUACAUAAAAAUACUCCAUAAGUUUGAUAAGAUUACAUUUGUUUUUCUUAGAAAAGCUGUACUCGACAAAUCAUGGAAUGGAAUAUAAGUAAACGGGAUAUGAUGGAAGCUGGACCAAGUAAUGGUAGUAUCAAUCCAUCCGAAAAAAAGGAGAUUCAAAAGGCUGAGAUUCAAAAGACUGAGAAUCCAAAAAAUGAAAAAUCGCCUGAGAAUGAUGAUAGUUAUGGCUGUUCAACUGAUUAUGUAGCACUUUGGACUUGUAAAUUAUGUUACUCAUGUAUUUUGCACAUAAGUCACAUUGCAGUUCAUGUUAAAGACUGUCAGAAGAGACAUAAGAAAAAACAUCCAUUAGUUGAUGAGUAUGCUAUUAUAUAUGUUAACUUGUUAAACAUAUUUGUUAAAUGUUAAUUAUUUUUAUGCUUUUAGAUUAUCAUACAUGUGCAACUUUUGUGGCAUAAUAUAUAAAAGAUUUGAUCUUAUGCAGCAACACUUAAAACAAAAACAUGGAAAACCAGCAAAAAAAGAUAAGGAGGUACAAGCUAGUGACCCUUUGGCUGAAAAAUUGUCCAAAUUAUCAGUUAAAAAGUAAAAAAGUAUUUUGAUUUGUAUAAAUAUAUUCAGUAAUACAAUUAAAAGUUGGUAGGUACAGUAUAAUUAGAAAGCCUGUGUAUCAGAAAGUGGCCAAUGAACACUAAUUAAUGUAAGUGGGUGGUGUUAUAUUUUCAAAUUUCUUUUCAUAUUUUCAUAUAGUACUAUUACAAUAUCAUAAAUGAUAUUGAUAAAUAUUAAAUUAUUAUAAUUAUUAGAUAACAGUGUCUUGGAGGUAUCUAUUAUAAAAGGGAUUUGGAUUAUUAAUAGGGUAGAGGACUUGUAGCACUAAAGUCACCAGAUAUGCACAUAAAUACUUAAAAUAUACAUUUAAUUUAUAAAAUUUGAACACAUAACAAAAAAAAAAUUGUAUUUUUUAACAUUUUUAAAUUAAGACAUUCAUUUAACACUUGUGACUAAAUUCAUUGAAAUUGUAUGAUAGGUAGGUUCAUUAUUUUGUGAAAAGUCUCAAAAUUAAUGCAAUUGGUUUUUAUUUGACAUUUACUCAUGAACUCAUCAUUAUGAUUUAAAUAUUGAAUUUCUGUUUUUAUAAACAAUAAUUUAAAUUUUGAAAAUUAAACUAUAUCAUUUAAACAUCCAGUCUAGAAUUCUUUGAGCUGUGGAAGUCCAAAGUGUUGAGUUUAGAGGAGAUUGAACACAUAGAUAAAAAGCACAAUUAUUACAACCAAUAAUGUUGAAACAGAUAUAAAUUGUAGUAUGGAUUAGUCUAGUAAAACACCAAAUUCAAUAAAUCAGUGGUUCAAAAAAGGUCUUAUGAAUAACAUGUGGUAUCUGGGUAAUAUUAUUUGGAUGAAAUUGCAGUAUCCUUUAUAAGGGGAACAAAUCAGAAAUAAUGACUCCAUUGGUCACUCUCAGGCUUUAUAGAUACAGGUACCUAAUGAAAUGAAAAUCCUCUGCUUAAAUAAAAGAAUGUUUAUUACUAAUAUAUAAGUAACAAU